AUGGAGACAGUUAACUCUUUGAGGCAGUUCUACAGCCGUGGUAUGGAAAAGGUCUCACAGGAAGGGAAGAUUGAAAACUCAGUGAAUGCGCUAAAAAUGAUGACAGAGAUGAAAAUCAGUAUGAAUGAAGACAAUUGCGGUGAGGAACAGAUGAUGGCAGUUGGGACAGAUCUGCAGGAAGGGGGACAUUCAAAGGUACAAGAUUCAGAUGCAUCGCGUGUGGUUCAUCAUGAUAAACUAAAGCCGUGUACUGGGGACAAGGUGUCAAAAUGGAGGGAGUGGAGCCAUCUAAUGCAGAAAAAUCGGACAGUCAAUGGAUUACAGGGAGCACUUGAAAAGCAAAGUGUUUUGAUAGACAAUGUUUUGGAAAGGACUACUAAGGCCUAUGAGUUGAUAUCAUCGGUACGCAGGGAGCAGGACCGCUGCAGAGAGAGGGAGGUGGCCCUGAGGCUUUACAGCGACAAAAACUCGGCUACCCUCAUGACGUCAGACCGGGGAAGCAGCGGGGGAGCUGAGUUGGAACUCAACAAAACACCGGUCACACCAAAGUCAGCAGCUCUGAAUCCUAAUGCAUCUGUGUUCUUAAGUGUCAAAUCCUCCACCCCUGGUGCUCAUCCAUCUGACACUGGCCAGUUUGAACCAAACGACAGUGGAAUAGGCAACACAACAAGCAGUACAUCUGACUACUCAUACACAAACGGGGAUAUCAGUGCAGAUAAAUCUGAUGCUGGAGUUUUCUCCCCUACAUCAGACUCUCCAUUCCAGGUGGAGUUCAACUCUGUCACAGACAAUCACAACUUUAAUGAGAACAACAGUGUUGAGCUAUUUGUGAGGAGGCAUGGGCACCUUAGUGGACAAUACCAGAGGUAUGGCGAUCUCACCACCUCCGCUAGUUUUUGCGAAAGUUCCGUCCCAAUGACGGAAUACAGCUAUAGUAAUGAAAGAAGUGCCACAGUAUCAGCAUGUACUGUGGUGCAGUUAACCGAACCAUUUUCUGAUUCUGUACAUACAAACUGUUCUCCGCAAGUAACGCCAACUCCCCACAUGAAUCGAGGUGGAGAAAUUCGACCAACAAGAUUUAAAUUUUUGUUUUCAGAUGGGGAGACAGAGGGUAGUGUCGCAGAUGAUCAGCUGAGGCAUGUACUUAAAAACCAACUCGAGUCAUAUUUCUCAAGAGAGAAUUUAUCCAAUGACUCGUACCUGCAGUCACAGAUGGACGCUGACCAGUAUGUUCCUGUAGCAACUGUUGCCAAUCUUGACCAAAUACAGAAACUGACCAGUGAAACACAACUCAUAGUAGAGCUGUUACGAGAGUCAACGUUUGUACAAGUGGAUGAGAAGGGAGAGAAAGUCCGCCCAAAUCAUAACAGAUGUAUUGUGAUACUACGUGAGAUAGCAGAGUCCACACCUGUACAGGAUGUACAAGCAUUGUUUGCUGGUGCCAACUGUCCUAAAUUUGUGAGUUGUGAAUUUGCACAUAACAGUAACUGGUAUGUGACAUUUGACUCGGACUCUGAUGCUCAGCGGGCCUACCAGUAUUUACGAGAGGAAGUUCGUACAUUUCUUGGCAAACCUAUAAUGGCAAGAAUAAAGGCGAAGCCAUUGAUCCGAACAUAUCAGCCUCGGAAUGGCUAUAUCAACAAGCGGUUCCAGCCGCCACCAGUGCCGACACAGAUUCAGACAGAAGUUGUGACGUCGUCAGCUCCUCAACCACAGUUCACAGCCACUCAACCUUUCACAUUGAUGCCAAAUGUAUCACAGUAUCUAAAUGGGCAACAGGCAAUUCCAUUCUAUCCUCCGCCCCCCAGUCCCUUACUGCAGGCCUGGACUAGUCCAACAACUAUAAUGGAUCCAAGCAUGGUGUUGGCAAUGAAUGGUUACCAGGCAACCAGUGUGAAUGUGAACUCUCAAGUCAACAACAGAAAUAUGUUCAACACAGUCAAUAGGACUACAAAUAACAACAAUAGCAGAAAUCAAAAGCAGCACGGAAACAGUGGACAACCAAUGGGUCGUGAUAGGAUCAAUUCCAAUGACUCACUGCCACCACGUUUACAACACCAACAGCACGAGAGACAACAGAACUCGGCCAACAACAUGCACAAAACCAGUCAACCGAUCUCAAACCAUGCACCAGUGUACCAGGGUCGUCGUGCUGACGGCCAAGGACACGGCCAUAUAAGCCAUAACAACCACAGUAACCACCAUAGUCACCAUGGCAACCACUCACAUGCUGGCCAUUCAACACCGAUGUCGCACCCGCACCAUCAUCCGCAUCAAGCACAGUCUCUGCCACACCACCAGGGUCACCAUAUGCACCAGCAGUCACAGCAUUUAGAUGGUAACAACAAUACCAACAACAAUAGUAAUGGUACAACAAUACACAGUAGGAACUCACAGGGGAUUGAUUUGUCCCAAAGGCAUGCAGGAAAAAGCUAUAAGAGUAGACGGAGGAGGGAAGAAGAUGGUGCUAGACCUAAUCGGUCAAAUUCUUCCCAGCCCUUCACACGUGAUGGUCAGCCAGUAAACCAGACACGACCUAUGUCUAUAGACAAGUUUGAUUAUGAACCAACCAGUUUUCCACCACUGCCUGGAUCUGGGAAUAAUGCCUCAUCUGGUGAUGUUUUUGAAAGUAAAUUGUCCGAUGUUGUCAAGGGUACUGCCAAACCUCAAGUGAAAGAUGUUCCAAAACCAGUAAGCUCUGUAUUGCCAGUAUCCACGGCAACAACAACUGUAACAACAUCAAAACCUAACAUGUCAUCAAAUAGAGAUGAUGAAACAACAUCUAGCAGUAACCUGUGUCAAAGUAGCUCGUCGUCGUCAUCGACACCUGCUGCCAAGAUGACAACAGGAAGUUUAUCACAACAACCCACUGUCUCUCAACAAGUCAGAUGUUCAGCAAGUACAAUGCAAUCAGUGCCUGAUAGUCGCGCUGGUAGGGAACCAGAUAUAAAGUCCAGUAAAGAGUCAGAGAACCGAUCUAACAGGGAUAGACCGCAACAGCAACAACAAUCAAAUACAGAUGACAAUUCUGCCUCACUUUCUGCCAACUCAGUCAAACUUUCCUACGCUCAAAUGGUGCAAAAAACAAAAGUUGCUGAAGUGUCUGCAAACUCUCUUGCUGACCAGUCAGACGAGUCAGAAAGUGAAGAUGCAGACUCGACUCAAGCCCCCAACAGAGCGCUGAAAGAACAGGGUCAGCACCCAGCACAGUCUAGCUCAAAGCCAUCAGCACGUGGUUCUGGAAAAGAUUUCUCACGUAAAGACAGUAGAGAAAAUGAGAGUGAUUCUCGUCGUGAUGAUAGGGACUUCAGAAAAGAGAAUGACUAUCGCAGAGAUGAACCACGUGAACAGAGAAUCAAUAGCAGAAGACUAAAAGAAAAUCGUGAACGUAGGUACGGAGAUCGUGAUUUCAGUCAUCGCAAUGACCGUCGAGGGAGAGAUGGACCCCCAGUGAGAGAACGAGAUGGCCCAAAACCAGCUGCAGCAGUCGCAAAAUGAAAGUGGACCGUGCAAAUGAGUGCCACAGUUUGAAUCAAUUGGAACUGAAAAGGAAAUAAUUGCAUUUCUACUGACAUAUCAGCAUUUCUUUAUGGAUUUGGGGUUAUUUUGUUUACAAAAAGACGUAUCAUGUGAUACAUGUGUUAUUUUGGAAGAUUCCAGUUUUUCGUACUUCUGAGGCUAAAGGUUUAUUGUUGACGAUGAAAGAAGUAUCAAGCUUUAAAGCUUGUUAGACAGCUGGACUUGGCAAUCAAAUUGCAUUUCGUUCAGUACGGAGAGAUUUUCUCAGUGAGAAUCUGUGAAAUGAAAUAGUUUGUAGACAGUCAGUGGCUGCAAAGAAAUUCAGAAAACUAAACCUUGCUUUAAAAAGUGUAUAGGCCAACUUGUUGAUUGUGGUAACAGUUUUAUUGGAUUGUGUUGAUUAUUAUCAUUAGACAUGGUAUUGUAUGUUCUGUCGGCUGUCCAGAUAUUCUAGUUUGCCUGUUUGAAAAGCUGUGCCAAGCAUCUGACACACUACCAGAAUAGGAAACAAUUACCCUGGUUAGACAGUACUAGACCCCGGUUGACACACUUCAGAAUAGGAAAUAGUUGCCCUUGUUGACACACCAACAAAACAGAAAACAGUUUCUCUGGUUCUUGGAGAGAAAGAGAGAGCGUUUAUGUUUCUGAAAUUUAUUUAUCUUAUUGAUAUUUUAACUUCAUACUCCUUCAUUGUUAACAAUUGGCUUAUCUUCUGUAACUAUUGGAGAGAUGUCCUGUGUUUAAUUAUAAAAAUAAGGAUAACUGCUUUAUAUUUUAUUCUGCUUUCAUUAUAACGUAGUUCACUGUUGGGUCCUAUAGAUUAAUCACAUUUUUCAUUUCAUUAUGAGUUUUAAUGCAUAACUUGUUGUGUCUAUAUAGCAAUACACUGGCUAGUCAAUAAAGUGGACAGGCCCAGUCAGUAGAGUGCUGGCCAGGUUUGCAGUGAGCAGUGAAACCAGGCUCUAGUAUGUUAAGUCGAGUAACUAUGGCAUACUGCAUAUGGUCAAGACCAGGAACUGAGACUAAGGGAAGACUUGGCUUCACUCCAGGCUGUUUGACAGCAAGCUGCUUGAUUACACAAAAACAAAGUAAUCACAUGUUAAAAAUAUUUUCUCACUUUUGUUAUUAGAUCUAAGGCGCUGAAAUUUUUGUUGAAAGAAAAUUACAGAAUUUUGAAAGAAACUUUACUUAAUUGUUAAGAUGGCUUGAUUGCAAUGAAAAAGCUGCAUUUAAGAAAUAAAAAGAUGUUAAAGCUUGGGUUGUCCGUGAAAAAAAAGUCAUUCAAAAGUGUACAAGAUUGCAAACUACCUCUAUACCAAUAAAAUUGUUCUAGCUAAUUUGAUUGGCUUACAAUGUAACAGGACAUUAGAAAGCCAGUGAAAUCAGCCAAUCAGGAGUGUGAACACAAUUAUGAAUGUGUUGGAGUAGAUGAAAUAUAACAAUGUGAUACAUGUAUUGUUAAUCAGUCUUUCAAUAGAUGGAAAAUACUUGAGCUUUAGGCUUAACUCUUGUAUAAUCUUUCAUCAUUUAUUCCUGUCUGUGUAAUCGUUCCAGAAACAGCUGUUUGUAAUACAUCACUUUCACUUGUAUAGACUUCCAUCUGCACGUAACAUAAUGUGAUGAUUUCAUUUAGAAUAAACCUUAAUUUCAAAAGGUCAUAUUUAUUUUGUAAAAAGGUAAAAACAAAAACCUUUAGAAUAGAUUAAGGUUGAAACCUGUACAAUAGGUUGAAAUAUUUAACUGAUGAACAAAAUGAAAUGAUCUUUGAUAACUUUACAGUAAAUUAUCAUUUAAAUUCAUAAUAUUAGUAGAAAAAAAACAACAACAAAAACAGUUUUUAUUUUUGACAGCUGAAACUGCGGACAAAGUAGUUUUCUUCUUUUUGCUUACUUUCCUUGUGAUUGCUGUGCUGUAAGUCUAGGUUCACUGUAUCAAAUGUAAGUCCAGGUACUCUGUACCCAGUCUGUUCCUGUAUAAGGGCAACCUUUAUUAUAUAACAGUUGUAGAGGAAAUGACAUACACUAUGGAACUGUUAAUGCUCAGGUGCAUCUGUUCACAGUGUAACUAUGGCUUUUAUUCCAUCUGUUCACAGUGUAACUAUGGCUUUUAUUCCAUCUGUUCACUGGAUACUUAUGCUUAUAUUCCACAUAUUCACAGUGUACUUGCUGUUAAGAUUCAGUCAGUUCACAGUACCCAUGACUGCAGUAACAUCUGUUCACAGUAUACCUGUGGCUCAGAUUCUGUCUGAUUAGUGUAUAUAUUACUUAUCUGUUCACAAUGUACCUGUAGCAAAGAUUCUGUCUUUUCACAGUGUACCUGUGGCCAUACCAUCUGUUCACAGUGUACCUAUGGUUAUACCAUCUGUUCACAGUGUACCCAUGGCCAUUCCAUCUGUUCACGAUGUACCCAUGGCUUAAAUUCAUCUGUUAACAGUGUUCCCCUGGCUAUACCAUCUGUCCACAGAGUACCUGUGGCAAUACCAUCAGUUCACAGUGUUCCCAUUGCUAUACCAUCUGUUCACUGUGUACCCAUGGCUUAAAUUCAUCUGUUCACAGUGUACCUGACUUACAGGGGAGCAUUAUGGUAAUUCUAGCUUAUUCUUUCUAUUUAUUCUAAACAUUUAAUUUAGUAGGCCAUUUUAAACAAUUUAUCAGAAUGUACUAUAUGGCUUAUGAUACACCAGCUAAAACUGUAUACAAAUACAAAAUUCUUAAAUGGCAGGUGAUACAUGUUUACAGAAAAAGUUGUACAUUUUACUGUGUAUGAAUACUUUACAUGUUGACAUUUAGUUAUAUGUAUAGAUAUCUGGGUUCAUAUGUUUUUCAUAUUAUGCAUUAACAAGGAGCAAUGCUUAUUUGUGUCAGUUUGUAAACUAAGGCGAGAAAACAUUAUUUAGGCAUUUUGAUAUAAAUGAUAAAUGUAUGAAUGUGUACAUUUCACAUAAACACACUAAAGGGUAUCAUGUAAUCUGCUGGAUAACUUGGGAGUGUCUUUCCAUGGAGUGCAAAAUAUUUAGUGACAGUUUCUUGAAGCAAGUGAUGUGAGCUAUCUUAUACAGUCUGGCUGUUCUGCAGAGGAACAGGAUCGUACAAAUCUAGUGCAAUGUAACCUGUAUACUUAAAAUAACCUAAAAAUUGUAUAUUUUUGUUUUAGUUUUGGGAAAGGGGCAUUAGUAAAAUCAAUAAGAUAAGCUCCCUGGUUUCUGGCACAGAUUAUAUAAUACUUGGAGGUAAUAAAUGGUGCCAGAUGUAUCGGAUAAAUUGUUCCGUCAUUUAAUUGAACAUAGAUUAUACAUUUUGUUAAAUAUUUCUGCUAUUUUGUAUAUGUUCCCGAUUGCAGGAUGUGUAUAUUUACAUGUUAUAUAUAUAUAUAUAUAUUGAUCUUUUUUUUCUUUCUUUCUUUCUUUCAUGAUGUGUUUUUGUUUGGAUUGUUUAUUGUAUUUUGUGCUUGUUGCAUUAAUUAUGAGGAAUGUAUGUUUUUCGUUUGCAAUGUUAUCACUUAAUUAGUUUAGAGCUGAGAACAUUUUAUGAAGGUGAACAUGAGCUUAUAGACAUGCCGGGGCAUGAACAUGAGCUUAUAGACAUGCCGGGGCAUGUAUGGAAAUAUAACCAGUAUAACAGCAGUUAAAUGUGUGCUCCUUCAUCUAGUCUAUCUGUCUAUAUGUACACUCAGUAUUAAAUUUGAGUUUUUUAAUUACAUCAUAUUGCACAGAUUUAUAUAGGAUAUUGUCAACAUUUCUGUAUUUAAGGGAAUAAGCUUUAGGUGGCACCAGGAUUUGAAUGACGGAGAGCUUUCACGCUACUCUCAAAACAAAGUUAUCUUUUGAAAAAACAACACAAAUCUUUGCAGACUACAAAAAAAAAAUCACCUGAUAGUAUCUUCUAAUGUUGGAAGAAUUUUAAUUGAAAUCUUGUACAUUUCCCUAUUACAUAUGAACAUAGACUCACUGUUUGUUUCAUGGGAUGGAAUGGAAUAUGAUACUGCUGUUAGAUAGACAAAACCUUUACAGAUCAUGCUUGGUAUAAGUUAUAUCGUUAUGAUAUAUGGGCAGUGUUCUCCAUCAUUAUAUAUUGAUCUCCAUUUGACUACAGAUGAUGCAGAUAGUUGUGUAAUUUUAAAGGUUGCAAUAUUCUAAACAUGGUAUAAACUUGAAUGUUUGAAAGUUAAAUACGUUCAGAUUUAUCUCUUUUAAUAUUAAUGAAAAACAACAGUGGGCUCACUACAAAUAAUGUUGAAUCUUAAGUGAAGUAUUAGCUCACUUAAAUAUUUGAAAAUUACUACUGUUAAAUCAUUGUAACAAGCAGAGAAACCAGUGAAACCUUAAAUUAAAGAAAAACAUGUGUUCACCAAGAAUACUCUGAGUACUGUAUAAGUCUGGAUGAUAGGACUAUAACAGGUUACCUGAAAUAUUAAACUUGUUAGCAAGAAAAGUUUUAUCUUUGAGGUGCUUUUACACAGUGAUUUUAAUUUAAAGUUCACUGGUUAAAAUACAAUCACAUGAUUAACGAAAUAUUGUGUUCUGUUUGAUUGUGUUGUUGUUCUUUUCCACAUACAUAGAAGCUAGUGUGAAUUUUGAUAUCUACAUCUUCUGCAUUAUACAAUCUUUCAUUCAGUGCCAGUUUUUGCUUUUGAUUCUAAAUUAUAAACAUACAGUGUGGUUGUGAGACAGUUGAUACAUAGCCUUUUACUAAAUGAUUCUGGUGUUAUAAAUAGAUAUUUUCAGUACAAGGUGACGAUAUUUUCAUGGCACCAGUCAAAAAUUCAUUGAUAGUAUUUCAAGUAAGAGAAGUCAGAGUAUUUAAGUAGAGAACUUAAAACUAUUGAGUGACUGUGUAAGUGUAUAAGAUUAGUGAUUUGUUUUUGAUAUUGAACCAAGUUGAUAACUUGGAAUAUAAAGGCCCAUCUGGCAACUAACUUUUGUUAAUUUUUUUUCUGGCAUCUGUUAUUGAGGGAAAAUAAGAGUGACCAGAGUUCUUUCCCUUGUAAUAGUAAUGUUCUCACUGUAAAGUAAUGGGGAUUGAAAUUUAAUUUUGAUUUAAUUACGGUAGUAGUUUAAAAUUAAUCCAGUUUAGGCUUAAUAGUGUUUUCUCUUUUCCUAAACAAAGAAUUUUGUACCAAAAUCUCAGCUGAAUGACCAUAAUUCACUCCGUUACAACAGGUUUUGUAAAUAUAUAUACUUGUUUGUGUGUAUUACAUAGCAGUAACUUAGUUGUGCUAACUUAGUUUUGAAAAAUGGUUAAGAUUGUGUCAUAAGUGAGAAAAGAAUCGCAUCACUUUUCAACUGGACAGUUCUUAAUAUACUGCGAAUUUUUUUUUCCGAUGGGCACAGAUUUUCAUUGUUUGGGUCAACACAGCUAUUUGAUCCAAUUUUGUGGACAUGAGAAAAGUUUUGUGGACAUGAAAAAAGAAAUUUUGAACAUAAUAUGAAUAGUAAAUUAAUUUGGUCUUUGGGAUUAUCUUUUGUGGAACUCGACCACAAAUAUUAAUGAUUAUAAUAUACACACCUAUACUAUAUAUGUAUGCAUGACCUGCAGUUAACAUGUCAGUUAGGUAUAUUGGUAUCCCAGCCAGCUUGUGUUGCAACUGAGAUGGUUUGGUGUUUAUUUUUCUCUGAAUGCUACAUUUCUAUUGAAAUCAUGUAUUACAAUUUCAAGUUUCCACUUUUAUUAGAUCUGUUACUUCUGUAAAGAAAGAUAGCAUAAUUAUAUCAUGGUAUGCAUGAUUUUAUUGCAACAGCAUAAAUAUACUAUUAUAAUCAUGUCACUGAAUAGUUAAAGCAAAUAUUUCUGUUGUGGAAUUGUGAGAGAGGAGUGUAGAGAUAGUUGUUUUAAAUUGUAAGAUGACAGAAUGUGUCCUAUUGCUCAAAUUUAUAAUCAACCAUCACUGAACUGAGUAUACAUUUCUCCUGAAUUUUACAAUAUGUAAAGGUUUUCUUUAGAGUAGAAGAUUGAAAUGAUGACUGAGUGAUACUGUAUGAUCAGCACAGUGAUAUAUGCUUACUGUUAAUUAAGUGCUAGUCAGUAACUGCCCUCCUCAUGGUCAGCUGGACAUGGCUAGUGUCCCACAGCCUGCAGGGAGACAGUAUCUUCUAAACUGCAUGAAUAUGUACUCAAUGUAGGAUAGGCUUCUACAUCAUUUGUUUUGGGAGAAAAAAAGUGUCGGGUUUGAGAUUGACGUUUGUUUAGGUUUAGCAAAUAUUUUUAUUGUUCCUUUAAAUGCUUUUUAUGCAGAUUUAUUUUGGGUAAUGUUAAUUACAAUAGUUACUACUUUUAAAAUAAAUAUAACUGUCUUCAUUGAGUUGUUAAAGUACAGUUAUGUAAGUCCCAGCUGAAUGGAACCACAAAGAAGUCCUUCCCUCUCAGUUGUUUAUAUGCAGUUUUGACUAGAACACCUUCAUUACCUUCAUAAUGGCUGUGGAAUACCUUCAUCAUAAAUAGAACUUUGAAACGAUUUGAGAGUUAAACAUUUUCUGAAAGAAGACCCUCAAAACCUUUAAGUUAAUACACUAGAAACAGAGUUGAUUGUACAAAAUGUACUUGUUGAUGUAAAUCCUUAUUUAGUGCAGAACGCAGUUUCUGUUGUUUGGGAUUGUAAUCCCCAUUUUUCAGCUUUGGUUACAAAACUUUUUAAAAUCUGACACACACUUCUUGUUGAACUGUCGGUUGGAUAAAGGUAUUUUGCUUCUGUAACUUGUGUAAAUGUUCAAUGGUACCAUUUGUUUCUCUGUCAUGUUUGUGUAUUUGCAUGGGUUUUUGACUGUAUUCUUCUUUUUUAUGUGUUUCACUUUUUCAUUUGUUUUUUUUUUUAAUGUUAUUAAUGGUUUGGGUAUUAUUUUUUGUGAAUAGAAAAUGUAUUAUUCCAUUGCCUUUAUUAUAAAUUUGCCAUUUGUCUGUUAAAUGGAUAUAUAUGAAUAUGUUGUUUUUUUUCUCCGUAUACAGGUCUUUUUUCCAUCACAAGUUUGGUAUUCAUUGGAAAAUGUUUUAAAACUUCCUUACAAUUCCAUAUUUAGAAAUUGACCACCAGAAAUAGACUAAGCCUUUACGCUGCUAUACCAUGAAUGAGUCGUAGAUAAAUAAAAAAAAAGAAAUGGUUAGAUGAUUUAUACGCUCUAACCAUCUCGGCGAUAUAUGACCUUUUUGUGUUGAUUCGCCAUAAAAGCCAACUCACUCACUUUAUACACUACUUAUACUGUAAAUGAAGAUUUGGUUUACAUGAACUCUUCGUUGAUAAUGAAACAGUACCAAAGAAUAUGAAACUAGUGGUUUAUAUGCCAUUGUUGAUUGGAAUUUGGUCAUUCAGAUAUUUUCUCACAUAAUUUAAUUAUAUAUACAUGCUGUAUUGCUGGAGAAAUCUUUAUCACCAUUUUAUUAAUAAAAAUCAUGUUUCAUUCAUACUUGCAAGGUAAUUUUCUUGGGAAUCGACUUUAGUUUGUAAGAAAAAUAAAAUCGUUUUAUUUUUUAAGAAAGUAAAAUAUAUAAAAAAAAAGUUAUUUUAGCCACGCCAUGAGAAAACCAACAUAGUGCAUUUGCGACCAGCAUGGAUCCAGACCAACCUGCUCAGUCUGGUCAGGAUCCAUGCUGUUCGUUUUCAAAACCUAUUGCAAUGAGAGAAACCAUUAGCGAACAGCCAGGAUCCUGAGCAGAUGCUCAGGCUGGUCUGGAUCCAUGCUGUUUGCAAACGCACUAUGUUGGUUUUCUCGUGGCGUGGCUCACUUCAGUUUUCAUUGCUACGUUUUAUGUAUAAGCUGCUUUACCUUUUUGAAGUUUCGCUGUUUAUUUUACUGACAGUUUUAGUCUCAACUUUUUAAGGUAAUAAGGGUAGGUCAUAAAGCAUCUUUUAAAUAUGAAAAUAAUUAAUUUUAUAGCAAGCAUAAUUGCAGGACUUAAAUGCAGUUGGAAAAGAAAAAUAUGUAGCUUUAAGUGUCAAUGAAGUACUUACUACUUGAUGCACCAAAUUGUACAAAAAAAAAAUGCAGAUGUGAGUUAAAUAGAAAACUGUCUGUGUAUUAAAUUGUAGAUAAGAAAUUAGUUUAGGCUUGACCCAUGUUUUAGUUUGUACUAACAUAUUUGAGGUUAUCAACAGAAUGUUUACAUAUGGCAACAUAAGAAUGUGCUAUUAAUAUACUGGCUAAAUUAUAUAUGAUCAAGUUCUUUACAACAUCCAGGCUAAUUUAUUCUGUCUUAUUUUCCCUUCUGAACUUACCUUAAUGUUCUAGCUACUUCCCCUUUUAAAAUUACACCAAUUGCAAUUUAAAAAUAUGGACAGAUUUUUUGUUUUUGAAACAGUUGCCUAUAGAAACAGCACCUUAGGGGCUUGGUCAUAUAUAUUUAGCCAUAUUGUUUCUGUAUGAUAUGUUUAUUUUUGAAAACGGCUGAAUAAAAGUACAGUAAAUAGAAGAGGGAUUUUGUAAUUUAAGGGUGAAUCAAAACAAUUUGGGGUAAUUAUAAUGAUUGUUUCAUUUUUUCGUAUUGUCAUUUGAUAAUCAGAGGUCAAUUCACAUUUGAAUCAGAAAUGAUUGAUUGCACUUGUUAAAAGCAAAGUUGACUAGUGGAUCUAUAUAUGAACUAUAUUUUGUUUUUGAUGUCUCUGCUGUUAUUUAUAAAAAUAAAGACUUAUGGUAAAUAUUGAACAUAACAAACAUAUAGUAUAUGAAACUUGUAUUGCUUAAAAUCAGAUUGAGUUGCCAUACCAUAAAGUAAAAACAGAUUUCUUAUAUCUUGUGUAAAAAUAAAUCUUGCCGCUGUAAAAACAAAUCAACUAGAGUUCCGUGUGAAGAAAUGGAUAUACUUUUAAGCUGUGCAUCAGAGAUACUGUUAAGUGGAAUUUCUUAAGGAAUUACGUUUAUUUCAUUCUUUAGAGAAUAUUUGUUGUUGAAAUAUUUUAAUGAGGCAAUAGAGUUUAAGGAGUUUUAUAUCAGAUAAUGAAGCUUCUGGUGUAAACCACCUUAAAUCUGUUGUAUCUAAAGAAAUUACUUGCUCUAGAAGUUAAUUUAUUACAUUGUGAAUGAUUAUUACAAAUAAAUCCCAUCUUCAUUCAA